AUGGUUCCAAGCCCUGGGCAGGAAGUUGGGUUGGUGGCAGUACUGUCGCAAGCAUGGGGCGCCCUGAACGCUGAUGAGAAAGCCGGAGUGGCAGAGGCCACCCUGGAGUUCAUCAUGAAUCAGACCGAGGCCUGCCACAAGAUUGCCGCGCCGGCGCUGUCACAUAUGUGCUUGCAGCACAUGGUCAGUUGUGACUCUGACAGUCGUGUUCGAUAUUGGUUGCGGCAGACCCAGCGCAUGAAGCAUCUUUCCUUGGAUAUCAAUGAAUGCUGUGACAUUGCGUUCUGGGAUGAACUCCAAGCCUCGUUCCAGCCCACUCCGAAGACAAGCUUGCAGCAGUGGUACCAUUGCAAGUGUAAUUACAAUUUUGUAAAGCACAUGUGCUCCAGUGAAGCUGGCUCCAGUCAGUUAAGGUCUCGUCGGAACCCAAAGCGGAAGUUCGAUGCUCUGGAAAGUGGUUCUGGUCGAACGGCCGAAAGCUUCCACAAGUUUCUUGAGUAUUUGGAGGAGCAGAAACCCAAUUACUUCUACAGUGAGAUUGUACAUGGCAGUAUGGAUCAUGAUCGUUCACUUGGGUCCGAUAACAAACUGUCAGACCACUCCAGUACCAUCCAGAUGUUUGCAGACAAAGGCUACCUGGUAACUUGGCAGAAGGUGUGCCCGCGGCAGUGCGGCGUUCCGAUGUCACGCCCACGUGUACACUAUCAAGGCCUGAGGGUAGACUCCUUGCCAGCAGGGGAAGCACAGCGCCGCAUGAGCAACCUGAAAGCUGCUUGGGAUCGGCUCACAGGAGCCCAGUACAAGCAGAUGGGAUUGAGUGACUUCUUGGUGGGUACCUCGCCGGAUGACGGUGACUUCAGUGACAGUGGUUCUUACUUCUCCACAGUUCUGGAGAAAGCCCAGCAGAAGUCUGAAAAACCCAAGCCAUCCUCGGGAGCGGAUGCGAAGUGGAAGGUCCUGCACAGUCAGCUCUUCAAGCAACAUGAGGCCCGAUGCCUUUUGUUUGAGUGUUUCUUCAGGCUCUGCAGGGUUGCAUGUUGA